UUUCAUCCCACAUCUUUGAUCAUUUUCCUACCUUGGUUUCUGAUAACUCAGCAUUCGUUUGCAAAAUUGUAAUUAGUGCUUGAUGGGGAAGCAUUGCUCUACCAAUCUCUUUGUUCUACAAGACAGUAGUUUGUUGUCAUGACAAAUUCAUUUAUAGAGUAGGUUAGGUUCAAUCACUGGGAGUUACUUGCAACUUAGAGCUGCAAAAUUCCACCAAAGACCAAUUAAUGGUUUAAGAGGAGAGAAGUUGCAAUUUUCAAGUGUAAGGUUCUGUCUUAAGCAUAAAGUUUCCUGCAACCUUACCAACGUGGACAAUGAUUCAUGCUCAUCAAAGGAGCUCGGAAAGAGUCAACCUUUGGUUAAGAUGUGUGGCAUUACAUCAGCUAAAGAUGCUGCAAUGGCAGCUGAAGCUGGUGCAAAUUUUAUUGGAAUGAUCAUGUGGCCUAACUCAGAGCGUUCAGUUUCGCUUUCUAUUGCAAUGGACAUAUCAAAAGUUGCAAGGGAUUAUGGAGCAGAGCCUGUGGGUGUAUUUGUGGAUGAUGAUUCAGAAACAAUUCUAAGAGCUUCUGAUGCAGCAAACCUUGAAUUUGUGCAGCUUCAUGGACAAGGAUCUCGGUUAGCUUUUCCAUCUUUAGUUCAGGAAAAUCGUGUAAUAUAUGUUCUCCAUGCAAAUGAGGACGGGAGCCUUUUAAACAAAAUUUCUGAUGAAGAGUGUUCUCUAGUUGAUUGGGUUCUUGUAGAUAGUGCAAAGGGUGGAAGUGGUAAGGCAUUCAAUUGGGCCCAGUUGAGACUACCAAAAACCAAAAGCAAGUACGGUUGGCUCUUAGCAGGAGGGAUCAAUCCUGAGAAUGUUUCUGAGGCUCUAUCUACACUCAAGCCUGAAGGGGUGGAUGUUAGCAGUGGCAUUUGUGCAUCAGAUGGAAUCCGUAAGGAUCAAUCAAGAAUAGCUUCCUUCAUGAAUGUUGUGCAUGCUUUUCAGUAUUGAUUCACCUUAAAUUAUUAUGUAUCUCAAGAAAGAAAUGUGAUUUGGAAAUAUCCUCAUGAUGGCUUGUUACAAUUUUGUUUUCAAAACGAAUUGUAUCCCUAAAGUUCUUUCUUGGGAGCUGUUUUCUAGGCAUGAGAAUAUUGUAAACCUGGGUGAGAACACAUGGAUGCAAUCUUUAUAUAAUCAAUACAAAUCCGCAUAAAACAAGCUGCUUUUCCUUAAUUA